AUGGAUCGAUAUGCACCUAAAAAGAAAUUAGGAGGUGGUGCUGAAGGACUUGUUUAUCUCGUCGAGGAAAAGUCCACGCAUCAACUCUAUGCCAUCAAAAUGAUCACUGUUUUCGAAGAAUCCAAUUUUGAAAAGAUUAAACGAGAGGUCGAAUUGGUGAAGAAAUUUCAUGAACAUUCCAACAUUGUACGCUAUUAUGAUCAUUUUGAAGAGAGAUCUCAGGACGCGUUUUAUGGAGAGGAAUUAAAAUUGUUCAUGUUAAUGGAAUAUUGUGACAAGGGAAGUUUAGAAGAAAUUAUUCAGAAACACUUGAAACAAUGCACUUCACCAUCGACAGGUAGAGAUGAAGCUGCUGAUAAACACUUACCAUUUCCGUUUAUAUUGUCAACGAUCAAACAGUGUGUGAGUGUGUUGGCAUAUAUUCACAAACAACAUAUUGUUCAUAGAGAUUUAAAACCUGCAAAUUUAUUAUUCAAAUCACCAUCCUCGUCCUCUACCUCGUCCUCAUCCUCCAAUAAUUCCUCAUCGUCGUCAACAACAACACUGAACACUCAUGAAAAUUAUACCGAAUGGACGCUCAAAUUGAGUGAUUUUGGAUUUACAAAAGAAAUGAAAGAUAAUAUGGCUCAGAGUUUUGUUGGAACUUUACAAUACAUGUCUCCUGAGCUGUUUAGCUCCAAGAAAUAUGACGCAGGUACAGAUAUAUGGUCUCUUGGAGUUUGUAUAUUAAGAAUGUUUGCUUUUUUAGAAGAAUCUCAAAUUCCUGAUUUUAGACAUGAAAUUAAAAGAGAUCCAGAAUAUGUUUGCAAAUUAUGUAGAAAGUAUAAAGCUCCCAAGACUGUGGAGGAAGUCACAGCGGCAUGUUUAACUCUGGAUCCUACAGAUAGACCAACAGCUGUUGAAAUUUUGCAAUUUUUAGAGGAAUGUGAAAAGAAUAAUGGACAACCACCUUCAAAUGUCACACUCUUGAAAAAAUUGAAACCCGCCAUUUCGGAUAGUAAUUAUCUUGAUCCUAACAUGGAUGACGACACCUCUUCACAAUCUUCAUCCUCUGAUCUAACUCCUGCUGUUGAAAGAAUUAUCAACGAAAAGGCAAGAGAAUUUUGGAAAAAACAUGGUUGGGAAAACAAAACCAAUUGGUUAGAUUUUAGAGAGGCCUAUAUUAAUUUAAUUCAACAACUGAACACUCUAGAAAAGAAAGCUAAAGAAGUCAAAGAUUUGAAUGGAAAUAACACGACAGCAGAACCAGAGAAUGGUUCUUCCUCGAUCAGUUAUUCUGGAAUUUCACUCACAGAUUUUCUGAGAGGUCUCAAAACUGCCAUUUGCAGCAAACAUUAUGAUUGGGUGUCCAUUAGUGCUCUCAAUGAGCUGACGAAACAAGCUGGAUUUCCUUUCAAUCCUGAUUAUGUGAUUGGUCUUACUGCGUAUGAAGUGGGAGAUGAAACCGAAGUGAAUAUUGAUGACACAUUGAUGGACACAGAGUCUUUCAUGAAAGCUCAAGGUCGAUAUUUGGAGACCAUUUUGAACUGUGACAAGGUGUUUAUUGAUCCAAUUUCACAAGAACCAUUACAAAUUGACCAACACAUGGCUCCUCUCGAACUCAUUGAAAGCAACGAAUGGAAUGAUUUGUUAAAAACAGAAUCUGAAGCUGCAGAUGAAGAUCCAAUCAAGAAGAACAAGACAGAGAAACCAGGAACCAAAAACAGAUACUAUGAAGAUGCAGUCGAUUUCCUAAGUACUGCCACUGAAAGACCUCUCAAGUAUCUCAUUCUAGGAAGUGCAGCAAGUGGUAAAACUUGCAUGAUGAAACUACUCUGUUACAAGGCAGCUCAGAAAGCAGCUAAAAACUCCUCUGACUCGAAUGCCAAUGAUUUAAUUCCCUUGUUGGUACCUCUCGCGAAUAUUUCCUUUGAUGAUGACAGCAUUCCUUUCAAGAUCAAGUGCAUUCGAGCAUCGGCUGAUACAUUCAACAAGGGUCUCAAAUAUCCAAGUAAUGUUGAACGAUUUUUGUUAAAUGUUUGGCAAUGUGGAAGAUUGUUACUCUUGUUAGAUGGUUUGGACGAAGGCGGUGAUCACAGAUCCAAACUCGAAAAGCUCAUUUGUAAAAUGAAUUUUAGAGAAUUGGGAGGAAUUAUCACGACCAGUCGAGUGAGUGGUUUUGAACAGGAAGAAGCAAAUGUUCUCUUUGAAAGCUUCAAAUUGGCUCGAAUUAAACCAUUGAGUCAAAAUGCACAAAAACAAAUUGCCAUGAGAAGAGGCAUCAAAGAUCCACGAUUUUUCCAAGCUCUUCAAAAGUAUAAGGAACUUGCCAAAAUUCCACUUUUACUCAGUUUAAUGAUUCAAGAGUUUAAACAAAACAAGGAUUUACCAGAUAUUCGAAGUGUACUAUAUGAACAUGCAUGUGAAACCAUGAUUUCUGUAUACAUUGAUAAGGUGAGACCUCAAACCACAAAACAAGAACGAAGAGACAUUUUCGAAAUGCUCUAUGCAGUCGCAAGUAUUCUUCAUGAACACACCAAACGAUAUUUCACAUCAGCUUUUAUUGAAAAACAUCUUCAUGAUAUUGUGAACAAUGAGGAAAGUGGACUGACAGGAAAUCUAGGAAGUAAUGUCAGCAUUAUGGAUUCUUCUAAAAAUGUGUACGAAACGUGGAAAGUCUUCCAAUCCGAUAUUGACGAUGGUCACUUUCCUCUCAUUAUUCGUUUGGGAAGUCACUACUCCUUUGCUCAUCUCUCUUUCCAAGAAUAUCUAGUUGCCAAAGUAUGGAGUGAUCCAAAACGAGUGUCUACCAUUCGAGAACAAAAGAAAGGUCUUUUUGGUCGAAGGAAAGAAGGAUCACCCAUUGUCUUUUCAUCGGAAACCAAAAAAUUAAUUGUUGACCCGUGGUACAGAGAGACCUUUUUAUUGUGUGCUGGAUCCAUGUCAUCGAAUGAUUUUUCAGAAUUUAUGACCUUCUUGUAUGAAAAUUUCAAAAAGAGUUCAGCCAUUGAUAACUUGUUACUUCAAAUGAUUCGAAGUGAAAGACCAAUUGAAGAACGAGAUCAAUACAGUGAAAUUGAGAAGAAUAUUACCACACAAAAGAAGCUCAAAACCAUGAUUAUGGAAGGUCUCAUUCAUGAUUCUCCUCUUCUACGAGAAAUGACCACCAAACGUGUGGCUCUCUAUGAAAAUGAUCUUACCAAUGUGGUUGGUUAUUUGUUAAAAGUUUUAACAAAGAAUAAGGACAAGACCAAGCAAGCAGCUUCGAGCUUACUCGACAUUUUCCAACAAAUGAAGGACGAAAAGGAGUUUAAAUAUAGAGUGGUAAAACGUCUCAUUGAAUCUCUCUCAGAUAAGCAAUGGAAAAUUGGAGAACAAUCGGUGGUUGUAUUGCUGGCGAUUGCUGAGAAGGAUGAUCCUAGAAUUACUAAAAAGUUAUGGGCUCUGAUCACAAAACCUCCCAUUGAAGUGCAAGUGAGAGCUUGUUAUGUUCUUUCCUUACUUUCCAAGAAGGGAGACUCUAAAUUCAUUAACAAAUUUAUGGAAAUUUUACUCUCAGAAACGAUCAAAGAAGGAAGAUAUAUGGACAAGAUGAUUGAUAGUUUGGUCAAUAUUUGUGUGAAGGCAGAUGAAAUGAUUCUGUCACAAAUUCGUUCAAACAUCAAACAAGCUCAAAAUAAGUUAAUUCGACACGGUUUAAUAGCUGCUCUAGGAAGAAUAUCUAAUGUUGGUGACAUGCAAAGUAUCAAAUUGCUUGUCCAAAUUCUUUCAAAAGAAAAAUCAGCAGAUACACUUGCUGUGGUUGUUGACUCUUUGAAAAUGAUGUGUGAAAAGAGAGACAUUCCAAUUUUAACAGUAGCCAUGAAAUUACUCAAAGAUCAUAUUGCAUACAGACCUGAUAAAUCUCUCAAAGAAGAAUACGAAGAAUAUGAAUUAGGAUUUGUUGAACUCGCUCAGAAAAUUAUGGAAUUAUUACAAGUUCUACUUCUUGGAAGAGAAUAUCUCAAUAGUAUUCAUAACACGUCUCAAUCCAAGAAGGACAAACGAUUAUCCUCUUCACUCAAAUCACUCUCUGAACAUUUACAAAAAGAGCCAACCUUUAAAAAACUCAUGCUCGAUCUCAUUGACACACUGUUCACACUUGCUGUGACUGUGAAUUUGGAUGUUCGAAAAUAUGCAGUUCUCACUAUGGCUUCGUUUAUUAAUCAUCACGAUGAGGAAAUUAUUUCAUUUGUUUUUGAAAAGAUUAAGGAAGAUCUUUUGAAGAAUAUCAUGAAUGAAGACAAGUCCAUGGAAAUUAAUACUGCCAUUUAUGUGAUUGGCGUUGUUUUUGCACAUUCUGAUAACAAUCAAGCUUGUAACAUUCUUUUGGAAUUAUUGGACUCGAACAGUUCGAAUGCUUUCAUGUUGGGUGAAAUUUUCGUUGCAAUGGGAAAUGUAGCACCCAAAGAUGAUCUUUUCAUGAUUGAAAUUAUUUCAAAACAUUUAGAAAUUGAAAAGGAUAAUCACAUGCAAGAAAAGGAAUUGUGGAAAUUGAAAGCACGAGCAGUGUUGGCUCUUGAAAAUAUUUUCCCAAUUUAUCGAGAUGAAAAAUUCUGUGACAAGUACAUUCACAAAUUGUUGCACUUGAUGGACGUAUGUCCCUCGAAAUAUUCACAUCUUUUCAAAUUUCAAUGUGUCAAAGUACUUGGAAAAUUAGCAAAGAAAGGAGAUAAGGAUAUGAUUCAUCGAUUGUCAGCACUUGCCACUGAGAGAGACAUGUUUUUGAGGAAAGCAGUUGCUCAAGUAUUGGGAAUUAUUUCAGAUAAGGCCAACAAGACUGUGGUUCGAUAUCUCAAAGAUAUGCUUGAAGAUGAAAAUGCAGAUGUUCGACAGGAAGCAAUUGAGAGUCUGUGUAAAGUAGCUGAUUUGGAACAAUUAGUUACAUCUUUGAAAGCCAACAGUUCCGAUCUCAUUCGUACUUCAUUAUUCUCUGUUAUUAUUGCACAAAUUAGAGAAAGUAGACAGGAAAAUCCAAAAUUCUGUCUGACCUCGAAGCAAGCGAAACAUUUGGAGAGUUUGAAUUGUACGGAAGCUCGAUUCAUUUUGUUAGAAAAUUACAGCGUGUAA